CGAGAGAGAGUGUUUUUUGAGCACGCUCAUUUUUUAGUUUUGCUCAGUCGUGUUCUGCAGCUUGUCGGUGGUGGUCAUCAAAUUGUGUUUUAGUUUAGUUUUUUCCUGAAUUAACUCAAGUAUAAUGGAUCGAAAGAAAUGCUUAGAUGAUACACAAAUUGCUGCACUUUUGCAAGGGCUUACAGACGAUUCAGAUUUGUCGGAUAUAAACAGUGAGUCGGGAGAUGAAGUAUUUGAAGACGAUGUUCAGAGCGACGUAGAAGAUGUUGAAGUUGAACAAUCCGGUGAAAUUUCAAAUUUGUGUGAAGACGAACAAGCAACAUAUACUGAUUGUCACGUGUCUUCGAAAAGUCGUAUACGAACGUUCUCUGUGCCUAAGAUAAGAUCCAAAAAUAAGUACUGCUGGAGUACUUCAAAAGGAAAAGAUACUGGCAAAGUUAGUGCUAUAAAUAUUGUUCAAACGGCAAGAGGUCCUACUAGGGCAUGCAAAUUACUAUUAGAGCCGCUCUCAUGUUUUAACUUGUUCUUUACCGAUGCUAUAAUUCUUGAAUUAGUAACAUGGACAAAUACGGAAAUAGGCUUGAAUCGGAAAAGCAAUAUGACCAAAGCCACUUUUGGAGACACAAAUAUACAUGAAAUCCGUGCUUUGAUCGGAAUACUCGUUUUGACAGCUGCUCUAAAGGACAACCACCUAACAACAGACGAAAUAUUUAACAGCAAUUUCAGUGGUACAAGGUAUUGUUCGACUAUGAGUCGCGAUAGAUUUAAUUUUUUAAUUCGGUGCCUGCGAAUGGACGACAAAUCAUUGCGCCCUUCUCUUCAAAUUGCUGAUCGAUUUAUGCCUGUCCGGAAGGUUUGGGAUAUGUUCAUUGAGCAAUGCAAAACCAGUUAUACACCAGGAUCGCAUACAACAAUUGAUGAACAGCUGUUGGGUUUUCGUGGUCGAUGUCCAUUUAAGAUGUACAUCCCUAAUAAGCCAAAUAAAUAUGGCAUAAAAAUAGUAAUGAUUUGCGACAGUGCCACAAAAUAUAUGUUUAAUGCCAUUCCAUAUCUAGGCAAAUCAACAAAUAAUCACGGCAUCCCUUUGGGCGAAUAUUUUGUUAAAUAAUUGUCAAAACCAAUACAUGGUACUUCUCGCAAUAUUACUUGUGACAAUUGGUUUACAUCAGUUCCACUGGCCAAGAACUUGCUCAAAGAACCAUACAAAUUGACUCUUGACUCU